AUGUCCCUUUUUAGAAAGGUGGGUAUAUCAUGUUACCCCAAUAUAAGCAAUUUGCAAGUCACUUCUCUUGGUGCUGUUAACCAAGUUCGUAAUGCCACUAAAAAAGUUUCGGGAUCCAAAACGAAUAAAAAUGAUUCGGCUGGUAGACGCUUGGGUCCAAAGGCUCAUGAAGGUAACUUCGUUAAGCCUGGACAAAUUAUUAUGAGACAGAGAGGUAGUAAGAUACAUCCCGGUGAAAAUGUGAAAAUUGGAAUUGACCACACGAUAUACGCUGUAGAACCGGGAUACGUUCGUUUUUACCACGAUCCUUUUCAUCCAUUAAGAAAAUAUGUCGGCGUCUCUCUCAAGAAGGACUUAAACUUACCAACGCCUCAUUUCUCACCUCGGGUAAGAAGGUUUGGGUACGAAUUGCUAACCGAACCUUCUGAAGCUAAGAAGGAAGAGGAUCACAUGUCAAGAAAGGAAUACACUUAUCAACCGAAGUUAGAGGAAGCCUUGAAAGCUGAGAAUGAACUCAAAAGCAGAAUUACUUCCGAAUUUGAAGACGCAUUAAGAAAUAAAUUCAAAUUAGUCUUAAAUCAAGAAGAUUUGAAGGUUGCAUUGACAAGAUUUUAUGAUAUCUUCCAAUUAGUUAAGAUUGGGAAGCCCGUCGAAGAUGCGAAGAUUCAAGCAACAUAUAAUUUUAUUCAUGAUCUCAAGCUUACAGAACGAAGAGCAGAAAUUUCAGCCGAUGAAUUUUUGUCCAAGAAGGCCUACUUCGAGAAAUUUUUCUCAAGUCUUGACAGCCAGGUUACUGUUGACGUAGAUGGAUCAUUAAUUGCUUAUAUUGCCGAAGAAGAGAGACAAUCUGAAAGACAAAGAAUUUCUAAGACUUUGCAUUCGACUUAUUCAAACAGAGUUCUCUCGGUCAAAGAAAGAAAGGAAGUUGAGUCAUUAAUUUGUACACCAGGUGUAUUUGAUCUUUUGCAAAGGUAUCAACUUAGAACCAAAUACACUCCUUCCGUUGUUCCAUUUUCGGUUCCUGAUUCGGUCAUUGAGAUCACUGAUGUUAAGAAUCCUCCUGAAGGUGUGAUUAUCCAAAAAAUAUUUGACGAAGCUGCCAGAUCAACUAGAAUAGUAGGUAGACCCAGGGAAGUAUUCGCUUUCAGAAAAUAG